CGCAGCUCAGCUCAGGCUCCGCCCCUCUCGGCCCGCUGUGCCCGCUAGUGGCUUGCUUCCUCUCUGCCCUCCGAUAUGGCGCUGGACCCCGCAGACCAACAUCUCAGACAUGUUGAAAAAGAUGUUCUGAUCCCAAAGAUAAUGAGAGAAAAGGCCAGAGAAAGGUGUUCUGAACAAGUUGAAGAUUUUACCAGAUGUUGCAAGGACUCUGGAUUCCUUAUGGUAGUAAAAUGCCGGAAAGAAAAUUCUGCAUUGAAAGACUGUCUAACUGCUUACUAUAAUGAUCCGGCCUUCUAUGAAGAAUGCAAACUGGAAUAUCUCAAAGAAAGGGAAGAAUUUAGAAGAACCGGAGUUCCUACCAAGAAAAGGUUACAGAAGCUUCCCACAAGCAUGUAGGCAAAUAGUGAGUCAGGAAGACACAUAUUAUGGAAACCGUUUGCAAUGUAAACCAGAAAUGAUGAACUGAAACAAUAUUUGCUUACUCUAAUCAUGAAAAUACUGAUUUUUUUAAUGAAAUAAAAUAUUUGAGUUCUGCUUUAUUAAUUACGGGAUAGGGAAAAAAACUAAAUGUAUCCAAUGUAUCGUUUUCCCAGCCCUCUUGUUUCGUUUUGUUGGGUAACCCAUUUCUUCCACAACUUGUAACUGCAGUCACAGUGCUGGUUGUCUUAGCACUUUCACAUGUACAUUACCUUCCGAUUAUGCAGGCUGAUGUGGGAUGAAAAGUACUGAAGACGGAGCAGACAGGCUUCAACACUGCUAGGAGCAGCUGUGAAACCGUCCUCCACCCUCCCACUUACUGUGCUGCUGUGGCCAUCAGUCUGACCGUGACAACGUACCUGGCACUGCCAGUGUAGGCAGUGUAGGCUUGUUUGAAAACAGAUGAGAUUAGGUGAAUCAGUUUAUUAAAACCUUUGAUGGAAAAGUUUCUGCACUA